AUGCGGGGCUGUGUGUCCCUCCUGUGGUGGGUUCACUGGGCCUUUUGUGUUGGGAGGUUAAGCUGGACCUGGAGGGCCUUGCUUCUUCGGUGCCUGGCUGCUGGUCACUCAUGUCUCUCUCCUUCCCUUCCAGAAAGCCGCAUGAUCUUGGAUGCCUUUGCCCAGCAGUGCAGCCGUGUUCUUAGUCUCUUAAAUUGUGGAGGAAAGCUUCUGGACUCCAACCAUUCUCAAUCCAUGAUUUCUUGCGUCAAGCAGGAAGGCCCUAGUUAUAACGAAAGACAGGACCAGUGUCACAUUGCAAAAGGGAUCCAGAGUCAGACCUCUGACAACAUAGACAUAGAGAUGCAAUAUAUGCAAAGAAAACAACAAACUUCUGCCUUUUUGAGAGUGUUCACUGACUCACUCCAGAAUUAUCUGCUCUCGGGGAGCUUCCCAACUCCCAACACCUCAUCAGUCAGUGAGUAUGGGCACCUGGCUGAUGUGGACCCUCUCUCAACCUCCCCGGUGCAUACAUUAGGUGGCUGGACCUCCCCAGCAACGUCUGAGUCCCAUGGUCACCCAUCCUCCUCCACGCUGCCAGAGGAGGAGGAAGAGGAGGAAGAGGAAGGCUACUGUCCUCGAUGCCAGGAGCUGGAGCAGGAAGUUAUCUCGUUACAACAAGAAAACGAAGAGCUCCGACGGAAGUUAGAGAGCAUCCCAGUGCCCUGCCAGACCGUCCUAGAUUACCUAAAGACAGUACUGCUGCACCACAGCCAGCUCCUGCCGCAGCCCGCCGACCAGCCCACCGAGGGAAGUAAGCAGCUGCUGAACAACUACCCUGUCUACAUAACGAGCAAACAGUGGGACGAGGCUGUGAACUCCUCCAAGAAAGAUGGGCGCCGGCUCCUCCGAUACCUCAUCAGAUUUGUUUUCACAACCGAUGAGCUUAAGUACUCAUGCGGCCUUGGGAAAAGGAAAAGGUCAGUGCAGUCAGGAGAGACAGGUCCCGAAAGACGCCCUCUGGAUCCAGUUAAAGUCACGUGCCUCCGAGAAUUCAUUAGGAUGCACUGUACCUCCAACCCCGAUUGGUGGAUGCCCUCCGAGGAGCAAAUAAACAAAGUGUUCAGCGACGCCGUGGGUCACGCCCGACAGGGCCGGGCAGUGGGGACUUUCCUGCACAACGGCGGCUCGUUUUAUGAAGGAAUGGAUCACCAGGCUUCCCAAGAUGAGGUCUUCAACAAGAGUUCCCAGGAUGGAUCGGGGGACUAGCGGACGGAAUCCUCCCACCCGCGCAGCGGCGUUCCGUGUUGUUCUGUGUCAGAGUUCCAGUGGUGAAUGUGCACUUCCUCGUUACCUUAGCGUCCAAAGCAUGUUCCUCUGUCAUACUUCACAAGUCUCGAGCUUAAGACUGUGACCCACUGCCACGGUUCCCAGAUAGAAAUCCACUUGAGGGGUCUUUAGGAAGUCUCUGGCACCUGCAGUAGAUUUGGGGUGUAUUCUAUCACAGAGGCAGAGGUACAGUUGACAUAAAGUCUUGACUCGCUAGACAUUGAGGAUGUCUUCUGUCCCGAGUCUUCAGGUCAGCCUGGCCUCCUGAGCAGAGCUGGUCUCCUGGGAAGGUUCAGUUAGGUUCCCUGCGCAUGAUGGAAGGGAAGACACAGAGUUGUUCUAAGGGACCAGCAACAAGCAUUUUCUCACUUAGUUCAAGUAAGUCUUGUUUCGAUCUUCCAAAGACACAGGAUUGGUGACACUGUAAGCUUCCAUAUAUCACAACUUACUGAUUAGAAGCCAGAGGACAGAGGCCAUGUCUAUGGAUGGUUAAGUGGAGGUCAGCUAUUUUUCUGUUAUCUUAUAGACAAAACUCACUGUGUUGAUCAGAAAGGCAGCCUGGUUUCUGUGGUUUACAAGCAGAUUUUCUUUAUAUCUUUAGGAAACACCCAAAGGAUCUAAACCAUUUUCAGAUCCCUCGUUUCAUAAGUCCCUUGAUGCACAGCAUCCAUAGCCUUAAGUCAUACUUGGCCGACAAAAUGCCAGGGUAGCGGGUUCAGUGAGAAUGUGCACUUACCCUUUGGUAAGAUCUUCAAGCACAGGACAUGACUGACGGCAUCUGCUGCUGGUCAGGGGUCUGGCAUUGUGGACAUGCAGCAUCAAGGCCGUUCUGACAACUGCAAUGGCUGGUCCGGGAUUUCUCUGAAACUUGCUUUCUGGACUGAGUGGAGCUUUAGAAUAGGUGAAACUUCCGUUUCCAUUGUCAUGGAUGAAAACGCCUCAUCCAGCUGUGCCUCUCCUCUCCCCACAAGCCCUCUGCAGCCUAAGCUCAGAGUUACUGUUCUGCCUCCCUGGUUAAUCUGUGGAAAUGUAUGCGAGGUUAGUGGUACCCUGGGAACCACUUCCCAGCAAAGGCUACAGAGGUGCUAUAAUCCUUUCUGAUAAGGAUGGGACUCACUUUACCAAACAAGUGGACCCAAGAGCUAAAUGGGCAGCAUUCACUGAAGAUUGUGAAUGUCAUCUACAAACACAGUGAACGGCUUUGAAAAUGGGAUAGGAAUUCAGUCUGUAUCCAUUUAGAAAAGGACCUUUGGUGAGGCUGUUCUUGCCAAAAUAAAUCACAUAUCUUUUAGAUUCAAUAUUUAGCAUCAGAUUUUGAACAAAUCAGCUGAGCAGUUUAGAAGUAAAAGAAACUGAGCAAGUGAGUUGUCAUUUACAGUGGAUGAGAGCAGUGUCUUUGGCAGUCCAAGAGAAGGGGGUAUUUCUUAAUGUGUGAUCAGAGGUCUGGGAAAUCUGUCCUAGGAAACUCCCAAUGCCAUAAAGCCUUGGGGGAGGCCGCCAUCGCCUCAUCUGCCUUCCCAUCUCCCCUUUGCACUGGGCUGCAGUUCCUCUUCCUCCUGGGUACAUGGUCCUUGCUACAGCAGCCAUGGUUAGCAGCUGCUUUUAAGGAACGCAGACUUGCAGGCUGUCUGCACACACCUUCUGUGCACUGUCUUGGAUCCCGCCAUGGUACAGGUUGUCACUAGGGGUGACAGGAGCAUUUGGGGCACCUCUAAGCCUUUGUUUACCGCAGCUGUGGGGCCGGGCCGGGAACCUCCAGACAGGCUGUUGUUUCUGCCGCCUGAAAGGGCGCCCUUGCUGCUAGGCCACCCUUGCUCCCGAGCUGCUUCGUUCUCCCAGUGAACUCUCUGUCAGCAGUUGCCCACAAGUAACCAGUUCUGAAACGGUGGCGUGAUGCUGGCCAUUGUGCGCAUGAGGACGCUAAGAACCGCAGCGCCGACCUCCUCGGCAUCUGCAGCCAGUUUCCAUGUGUAUCCUGGGCCCAGGACCUGCGGACUUCAGCCCCAGUCAGGUGUCCGUUUUUCCUGCCUCUCUUUAUGCAAUUGCUGUUUUCUUUAGCUCGGUCCACUGCCUGAUACCAACAGGUGGUCCCUGAGACCUGUCUCAACACUCUGCUGGCCUCUUCCAUUUAAGGCUGGGGUGCUGCUCAGGUCAUGAUGGUUUCCUGGGCGGUCACCUGAGUGUUAAAUCAGCCUGCAAAAGGUGCCAUCUCUGGCAGGGGUUCAGAACUCACCAUGGAUCAGGCUGUUCUCAUUUUCAGCAAGCCUUUGAUUUAAUGUUUGGAGGUCUGAGAAUGUUGUCUGUCAACUUGGUUUGGUUUUCCACGUCAUUCUGGCAGUCAGACACAUUGCUCUCCCAACACAAAACUUAGCCCUCUGUCAACUCUUAGAAUUACCCUGAGUCAUUUAGUGUUGGUUUGAAGGUGACUUGAGUUAAAAGCAGCUCAGGAUGCAGCUGUGCCAUUUCAUCGGUGAGAAAAAUGUGGUUGCCAGGCUGGCGUGACUAAAUGUGCCGUUUCCUGUCAGUGAUUAGGUAGGUCCAGUGUCCCGGCUCUCAGAAGCUCCAUGGUUAAUAGUGACAUCGUCAUGGUGUAUUCUUCAUUUUCCAAAUUAAAAUGCCUGCUUCUCGGUGAUUGAUGCCCCAGGCACAGAUCUUGCCAAGAGGAGGCUGACCCUGGGAUGACCUGUCAGGGACUGGAACCAGGAACCUGUAGAGGGGAGCAGUGUUCUACAAGGAUUUGAUAAGGUCACAUUGUCUCACCAGCCUCUUUGUGGGUGCACUGUUCAGCCUCUCAUGGUAUCAAAAAAACUGAAGCGUUUCAAUUUGUAGCUUUUUUUUUUUUUUUGCUUGAAAGUGUGUGUGCCGGGCCUUAACCCUAUUCCUUGUCCAUCACAGCAUUUGGGGGACUUUGACCAUGUGUUUCAUGAGGCUUCCCUAAGAAGGUAGCGGGGAACAUAGGUGCCCGAGAGUGCUGUCCUCUCUUGGUGAGGUGUUGAGGGAUGCAUGUCACCACUGCAGCUGUAGUCAGCGGGUGGUCCAUGUGUCAUCCCUGACCCCGUCAGGAUGAUAAGGAGACAUGUAAUUGAAAUUGUAUUUGACACAGCUACUCUACAUGGCAUCAGGUUAUGGUCCCUGAUAGCAAUAGGACUUUAUCAUUAUUCAGUCCAGUAGUGAUUCUUGAACUAUUAGAUGUUUACACAAAGUCUAAACAAUAACUCAAACUUAGGAAUCUGCAGGCUUGUGGUUUCUUCAUAUCUCUGCCAUUUAAUGAUUUGUGCCUCUUUUCUGUACCUCUGAGAAAGUGGAUGGAGCUCCGUGGGAAGAUGUGAACCACGUCCAGAACACAAGUGUUCACUCAUUUGAGUUCUGUUUCUUUUUUUUUUUUUUUUUUUUUUUUUUUGGUGAAGGGGGUUAAACAUUCAGUAGUGUGCUAGUCUAACCCUGACACCCAAUGACUACCUCCUUAGUUUCUGUAUAGACAGUUAUCUUUUUUGGUUUGAAGGUCCUUUUUUUGGUGACUUUUAGAAAAGGUUUUAAAUGUAUAGUUUCCUCAGUCAGUGCUGUACCGUCUCACAGUACAGGUCUGUGUUCAUUUGUGACAGCUUUCACAUGUGAAUCUGGAGAUAUGUAAUAGAAAAUGGUUUUGCACAUAUGGAGUGAGUCUUGCUGGUAUGUGUUUAUUGUGGCGACGCUUGCCAAAGCUGCUUGGCAAACACGUCAGGAGGGAUGCUUGAGUCACAACUCCAAUGCAAAUGUGUCGAAACAGCAGUGUGUGUCAUUAUGAUGUAUUUUUGUAAACACAGUGGUGACUUCUUUCAGUCGUAUAAGUACUGGAUAAAAAUAACACUUGAAACACUGGAGGAAAAUGUCACUUAGCUGAUCACAAAACUACUUGCAUUAUCAGCCAGGGGGCGUGUGUGUGUGUGUGUGUGUGUGUGUGUGUGUGUGUGUGUGUGUGUGUGUGUGUGUGUGUGCAGGAGAGGGAAGAAUUGACAUCAGCAAUGUGGAGG